GGCCGGGGCCGGGGCCGGGGCCGGGGCCGGAGCGGGGCCGGGGGUCCCAGCCAUGCUCAGCCGGUUGGGAGCGCUGCUGCAGCAGGCGGUGGACACGCGGGAACCCAGCGUGGACCUGCUGGAAGCCUUCACCGAGCACUGGACCGGCAUCACCGGCUACUACCUGGAGGCCACAGACGAGAGCGUCGCGGCGCGGCAGACGGACAUCCCGUGGCGCCUGCGGCAGAUGUUGGACAUCCUGGUGCACGAGGAGCGGCAGCGCCCGCCGGGGGACACGGGGCCGUGCCUCGAGUUCCUGCUGCAGCACAAACUCCUGGAAACUCUGGGAACGCUGGGAAAGGCAGAGUAUCCCCCCGGGAUGAGGCAGCAGGUCCUGCUCUUCUUCAGCCGCCUGCUGGGGCAGCUGCAGCACCCGCUCCUGCACUACCUCAACGUGCACCGGCCCGUGCAGAAGCUGCUCCAGCUCAGCGGGGACCGCCUGGGCUCUGGCACCGAGAGGGAGGAGGUGCAGUUCACCGCCGUGCUCUGCUCCAAGAUCCAGCAGGAUCCCAGCCUGCUGCCCUACAUCCUGCAGGGAAAGAGCAUCCUGAACGGGAGGAGAGCCCCGGAGAGCCCCAGGGCAGAGGGUUUGGAGCAUCCCCCGGGCACCACUGCCAGCUCCACGCCCAGGGCAGAGGGUUUGGAGCAUCCCUUGGGCACCUCUGCCAGCUCCACACCCAGGGCAGAGGGCUUGGAGCAUCCCUUGGGCACCUCUGCCAGCUCCACACCCAGGGCAGAGGGUUUGGAGCAUCCCCCGGGCACCUCUGCCAGCUCCACACCCAGGGCAGAGGGUUUGGAGCAUCCCCCGGGCACCUCUGCCAGCUCCACACCCAGGGCAGAACAUUUGGAGCAUCCCCCGGGCACCUCUGACAUUUCCACCCACAGGGCAGAGGGUUUGGAGCAUCCCUUGGGCACCGCUGCCAGCUCCAUGCCCAGGGCAGAGGGUUUGGAGCAUCCCUUGGGCACCGCUGCCAUUUCCACCCACAGGGCAGAGGGUUUGGGCACUGCUGCCAGCUCCAUGCCCAGGAUAGAGCAUUUGGAGCAUCCCUUGGGCACCGCUACCAGCUCCAUGCCCAGGACAGAGCAUUUGGAGCAUCCCCCGGGCACCGUUUCCAGCUGCCCUCCUGCCCAGCCCUCCCCAGCACGCAGGGACAGCAACCUCGUCACCUGCCUGGUGGCACUGUGCAGGAGCAAGAAGAGCCGGGUGGCGCUGAAGGCUCGGGAGAACGUGCUGCUGCUGGCGGGGCUGUCCCAGGAGGCGGCUGCCACCUGCCUGGCGCGGGGCACUGCCCUGUGCCAGCUGCUCGUGGGGCACCUCUGCCACCUCUACAGCGCCGUGCCCGCUGGCACCGACCCUGCUGAUGUCCUCGGCAUGGGCAGGGCCAGCUGGAGGUCGCAGGGGGACGGCGCUGGGGACGGGGGUUUCCCGGGCAAGGAGAGCCUGGCUGAGUUCCUGGGCUGGCUGGAUUUCCUGGAUGAGCUGGUGAUGGGCGCCCACCCGCUUGUGGCCGAUGCCAUCAGCCAGGCCGUGGAGGAGAAGUUCUUCCAGGGCAUCCUGCAGCCGCAGCUCCUGCAGAUGUCAGAGCUGGCCGUGCUGGGCGCCACAGCCGUGCUGACGGGCACAGUGAGGCAGCUCCGCUCUCCCCCCCUGCUCCACCGCCUGGUCCUCUUCCUGCUGGGGCCCCACCGGCUCCCCGAGACCCCCGGGGACGCCCCCCACCCCCUGCGGGCGCAGCUCAUCGAGCGCUGCGACCACCUGAGCGACGAGAUCAGCCUGGCCAGCCUGCGGCUCUUCGAGGAGCUGCUGAGGAAGCCCCACGAGCACGUGGCUCACAACCUGGUGCUGAGGAACCUGGAGGCCAGGGCGUACCUGCAGCGCAGCCCCGAGGAGCGCGGGCCCCCCGAGACGGACCCCGAGGAGGACGGGCUGGAGCUGGAGGAGGAUCCCUAUUUCACCGACGGAUUCCCAGACAGCUUUGGGGCGACGAAAAAUCCUUCCCCAGCAUCCACCCCGCCGGGGAAGGGGCGAGUGAGCGAGGUGGUCAGCAGCUUCCUGUGCCUGGUCCCCGAGGAGGCCAAGACCUCGUCGUGCCUGGAGGAGGGCGGAUACGACACCUACGUGCACGAUGCCCUGGCCAUGGUCCAGGCGUGCCGUGCCAGCGCUGCCCCAUGGGGGUGGCCCUCGUCCCCCCGGCCCCUGGACUCCUGUCACUCCUGUCACCCCGGGGUGGCUUUUUACGAGGGACACUUCCUCAAGGUGCUGUUUGACCGCAUGAGCCGCAUCCUGGAUCAGCCCUACAGCCUGAACCUGCAGGUGACCUCGGUGCUGUCCCAGCUGGCCGCCUUCCCCCACCCCCACCUGCACGAGUACCUGCUGGACCCCUACCUCAGCCUGGCCCCCGGCUGCCGCUCUCUCUUCUCCGUCCUCGUCAGGGUGAUCGGGGAGCUGAUGCAGCGCCUCCAGCGCGUGCCCCACGCCAGGGCCAAGCUGCUCCUGGUGCGCCGGCAGCUCCUGGGGCUGGUGCCAGGCGAGCAGAUGGAUCACACGGUGCUGCUCAAGGGCGUGGUGGUGCUGGAGGAGUUCUGCAAGGAGCUGGCUGCCAUCGCCCUGGUCAAGGGGCCACCCGAGGGGCCACCCUGAGCCCCUCCCCGGGCUCCCCCUCUUGGCCCUGCAGGAGCCGGGAACGGCCGUGGCUCCGCGGGAAGGACCUGGCAGGAGGAUGAGGAGGAUGAGUCCUUCGCCGUCACCUUGGGCAGCCCCGAGGUGUGGCCACGUCCCCGUGCUGGGUGCGGGGCGGUGGCUGCUGUGGCUCCUCCUGGGUGGUGGUUGCUGCUCCCCACAAGGCUCCAGCAGGGAAUUUUUAGGCAAUAAUGAACGGGGUGUGUGGGACAGAGCCCCCCCAACCCCGUACUCAGCUGCAAGGACUCGAUUGUGCCCUGCCCUGGCGCUGUGGCAGGGGGAGUGUGACAUGUGUGACAUGUCUGUGUGUGUGUGUGUGACACGCGUGUGUGCUCUGGUGGGGCACUGUGCCCCCAGACCCUGCAAAGCCCCUCCCCAGGGUGAUGGGACUCUGCUCCAAUAAA